AAUAAAAUAAAAAACACUAUAGUUGUUCAUGUAAUAUAAUCUUAAAAAGAGGAGGACAUGGAACUUUUUAAUGACCAAAUCAUCAAGCAAUGUCUGUAUUUUGAUGUCCCUCAUCUUAAAUAACAUACGCCUCCCAAAUGACAUUGAAUAAUUACUUUAGGCUUUUACCAACCUUUGACUCUGGACUACUUGCCACUGCCACUUUCCCACGUCAUGCUCCUUCCUCGGUCUAGAAGGCCUGAACUUCAAAUUUGCGUUUUCUUCCUCUUUGCCAGAGAAAAGUCUAAACACCGUGUCUCAUACUUUUAGAUGGCAUUAAUUUUUCUAGACACUCUCACACCCCCACAUCGAAGUGCUGGCUGGUUUGCAGAAGCCUUUCCGCAUCCUUCCUGCAUUUCCAGGACUGGUUCCAUAGGAACAAGCAAACUCUUAUUCUUCCCCUGCAUCAGCCAGCUGGCUACUCCAAAGUAUUUACUCUGCACUAGUUUGGACAUGAAUCAAAGCAGCAAUGGAUGUGUGAAAAAGGUUAGCAGUGUGAAUCUUGACAAACUUUUAAGUGACUUCUCACAGAUAGAAAAGAAAAUGGUAGAAACUGCUGGAAGGAACAACAUACUGAAUAUGCAGUUGGAAAAAGCUAACUGUUUAUUAAAAGGAAUGCAAACAAAUGAGGCCUCACUUAAAGAAGAAUGUGCUACUCUUCAUAAUAUGGUAAAAGGGCUACAACAGACCAUCGAAUAUCAACAUAAUUUGAAAGGUAAAAAUGAACAACUGAAAAGAGAUGCUGAUCUUAUGAAAGAAAAGUUAAAAUCUCAUGAACAGGAAUAUAAGAAUAGCAUUGCCAAACUUAUAAGUGAAAUGAAAAUCAAAGAGGAAGGACAUAAGACAGAAUUAAAGAAACUUUAUCAGGAUAUGCAGAAAAAAGUCGAAUUAAAUGAAGAAAAGAAUAAAGAACUGGUGAAGAAAAUGGAGAUGGAAAUUUCAGAGUUAAAUGCAAAGUUAAGAAUUCAAGAGAAGGAAAAACAAACUGAAAUAAUCAAACUACAGCUAGAGUUUGAUGCCAAACUAGCAAGAGUUCAAUCUAAGCCAAAAUCAUAUCAAGAUUCUACUGUUUUGCCACAGAGUAUCUACAGAAGGAAGCUUCAACAUCUUCAAGAAGAAAAAAACAAAGAGAUUACAACUCUUCGUAAUACCAUUCGAGACCUCGAGCAGCGCCUCUCCGUUGGCAAGGAUCCUCAUCUUAAACGUAGACGGUUUUAAGGCCAGCAGUUAAUUCAUUUGUUGCUAUUUAACUUCUUUAAAAGCCUUUGAAAAAUUUACUUCUGUUGUCAAUAUAAUAAACUGCCUAAGUAAUAACAAUGAAAGAGACAGCUUUAAACAUUUUAAAUUGAGUUUAUUGAAAUAAAUCCACUCUUUGGCCAACUGUACACUGCAUUCUUACUUAACAGUAUUAACCAUAACAGAGUUCAGGCUCAUAGGAUUGAGUUUACCUAGUGAGCCAUCAUUGACUAUGGAAAUACCUACUUAGCAAUCAAGAGAUAGACAACAUUCUUUUCUCUUUCCCCUUAUAUCUUUCAAGACAGGCAUUCUCGAAUCUUAAAGAGUUUAAUACAAUGCGAGGUAAAGAAAACAAUAAAGCCUUCUUUCAUAGGUGAAAAUAAAAUUUAAGAUUUGAGUCUUAGAUAUAAAAAAGUAUAAAUGGAUAUUUAAAAUGUAGUCAGUAGCAAGGUACUCAAGAAUUCACUUCUUCCUUUAAAGGUAGAAUCAGUUAAAACUGUAAGAUUGAAAAGACAAAGGUAACAUUGUCUUGAGAAUUAAGA